CAAUUGGCAACUUCGUUUGACAGUAUGACGGAUGAAAGAUCAAGCGAGUAGAAUUUAAUCGAAAACCACAGAAGACGAAAAUUUUGUAUUUAUUUCAGUAAUAGCUAAAAGCAAGAAAUCGUCUUUACAAUGAAUACAAUCCCUUGGGAUUCAUAACAAAAUAGAUCUACAUAUUCAUUUUCAUUGUUUUUAUAAAAUGACAAUUGUAUUGUUUACAACCACAUUGUUGUGUAUGAUUAGAGGGCCUUUUAAAUAUGGCCUGUUACAAUGCCGGCAGUGAAAUAAAUACAAGCAUUUUUAAUGAUUUACUUGGCGAGAAUUAUAUUGUAGAUGAUUUAUCUAUUGUACCUUUAGAAAAGGACAGUUUUGCAAUAUGUGAAUUGUGUGGUCGCGUUGGUAGAAGAGGUCAGUUUUAUACAAGAAAUAAUAAGGUUUGUUCAUUAAGAUGUCAUGCAAGUAGUACUCGAAAGCGUCGUUGUAACUGGAGGUUCAAACUGAUGGAAGGUGCUGAACAUAUGGCUGGCUUAAUCCCUUUGGAACCUCUGCCACAAUUGCAGCAUUGGCAGGCUUCAUACAAUGACAUACAGGCCGGUCCAAUUAAACAAUCAGCAGCUGUAUUGGCUAACAGCUAUGUUUGGAAUGAUGAGUUAUUUGGCUGCGAUUUUCUCGCCGCUCCAGUCAGUUUAUUUAAGCAUGCUCCACUUCAUGAAAUGUGGGAUAAUACAUUUGAAGGGAUGAAAAUUGAAGUCAAAAAUACAGAUAUUGAAAAUUACUCAGAGAAAUUAAAUGACUUUUUCUGGGUGGCCACUGUUUUAAAGGUAAAGGGGUAUAUGGGCCUACUUAGAUAUGAGGGCUUUGGAAGUGACGAUUCAAAGGAUUUUUGGGUAAAUCUUUGUUGCUCCGAGGUACACCCUGUAGGCUGGUGUGCUACUAGAGGAAAGCCUUUAAUACCACCUAGAAGCAUAGAAGAUAAAUAUACAGAUUGGAAGAAGUUUUUAGUGAAACAGUUAACUGGUGCUCGAACUUUACCUGCUAAUUUCUAUACAAAAUUAAAUGACAGUCUUGUAUCAAGAUUCAAAAUUGGUUCCAUCAUGGAAGUUGUAGAUAAAAAUAGGAUUUCUCAAGUUAAGGUUGCCAGUGUGUGUGAAAUAGUGGGCAAGCGUUUACACGUAAAAUAUUACGACAGUUCCCCGGAAGACAAUGGCUUUUGGUGUCACGAGGAUUCCCCCUUAAUACAUCCUGUUGGUUGGGCGUUUAGAGUUGGCCAUCCAUUAGACGCUCAGCAAAGCUAUUGCCAAAGAGUUGCGGCUGGUCGACUCCAACCAAAUGACUCUACACCAGAUAUGUUUUACAAAUACCCAACAAAUGAACCACCACUUUUCUCAGAAGGAAUGAAAUUGGAAGCAAUUGAUCCACUGAAUUUGUCAGCCGUGUGCGCAGCAACAGUGAUGCAAAUAUUGAAUGAAGGGUACAUGAUGAUAAGGAUAGAUUGUUAUCCGGCUGAUGCUUCUGGUGCUGAUUGGUUCUGCUAUCAUCAGCGAUCUCCGUGUAUAUUCCCUGUAGGAUUUGCAUUGGCAAAUAAUAUCUCCUUGGUUCCUCCUAUUGGGUACACAGCGGAACAAUUCAGCUGGGAGGAGUACCUCGCCGAGACGGGAGCGCCCGCGGCCGGGCACGGGCUGUUCGCGGCGCGCGGGCGCGUCGUGGCGCACGGGUUCGUGGCGGGCAUGCGGCUCGAGUGCGCCGACCUGAUGGACCCGCGGCUCGUGUGCGUCGCCACUAUAGCGCGGGUGGUCGCCGAUCUGCUCAAGGUGCACUUCGACGGUUGGGGCGGCGAGUACGACCAGUGGCUGUGGGCGCACAGCACGGACGUGUACCCGGUGGGCUGGUGCCGCGCGGUCGGGCACCGGCUGGAGGGGCCGCUGCAGCCCCCGCCGCGAGCCACCCGCAAGCCGCCCAGGCCGAGCCGCAGGCGGAGGAAGCAAGUAGCAAAAUCGACACCUCAACCGCCAACUUCAACGGAAGAAACAUCACAAAACUCUGAUAUGGGGGAUUCUAAAAGUAUCUCGGAUAAUGGUGAAACUAAAAGCUUAUCCCCGCCGACCAGCGUGUCUGAAGUGUCGGCCGAUUUAGAUUCGCGUAUUGAAGAACCGCCUCAUAGUAAAUUGAAAAUGGACGUUGAUUCAGAAGUCAAAUGCGAAACAGCCAAUGAUCCAGGGAUUGAGAAGGGUCAAGUAGAGCUCAUGGAUUCUUCACUACUGGAUUUACCAAAAGAAAGUGUUUUAUCCAGCGAUAGUAAACUAGAAAUGUUAGUAGCUAUUCCGGCUAAAAGUCCCGAAAUACGAGAACAGAGUGCCGACGACAAAAUCAUUCCAAGACUAGUUAAUAAUUCCGUACCUCUAGAUGUUUUAAAUUCGGUGGAACCAGAGAACUGGACCACGUCUGAUGUUGCAAAGUUCCUCACCGUUAACGACUGCCAGCCAUAUUGCAUCAACUUUGCUCAAAUAAAUGGACCAAUGAUGCUGCAAUUGUCCAAAGACGAAAUUAUAGAACUACUCGAGAUGAAAGUUGGUCCCUCUCUGAAGAUUUUCGACCUCAUACAGCAGCUAAAGUGCAAAAUCAAACAACCGCAGUGUAGAUUGCUUGGUAGUUUUAAAUAGUAUCCGCUACAAAGGGCCAUUUCAUUGACUUACCCUAUAUAGUUGACAGUGAUUUCGUAGGCAAAAAUGUGUAGCAACAUAAUCGUGAUAGCUUGCAUAGCACAUUCGUAUUGUAAUUUAUUUUGAUAUGUAAUAUCUUGUGUGGUUUUAUACGUUUUUAGAAAAUCUCAUGCACGGUGUAAGUGUGAGUGAAUUGUGAUGAAAGUAAAAUACUAUUCGAUGGUCAAGGGAUAUGCAUGAUGAUUGCAUUUUUAUUGUAUUUACUUUUUUAUUUUACUUCGGUUAUUCGGUAUAUGUUAAAUUCGUAUAGAAAUAAAAAUUUCUUGUGAAAACUAAGAUGAAUGAGAGUGAGUGAAGCUUAAAAAUGUGAUAAAUUAGUCAAACAAUUAAUUUUAAAUUCGUGUACAAUCUAAUUUUAAACUGUAAAUCAUCUCCUAUGACAAAUAAUAAAUUUUAAUGCUUUUAAAAUUUUAAACACGCAUGCUUAUGAAAAUGCUUGUAUUUAGGAUGUAGAUUAAUAAUCAUGGAGUAAUUUUAAUACUUACAGAUUUUAAUCAAUUCUCAUUUUUAAUAUUGGUUAUAAUUUUUAAACUAUUAGAUUUCUUUGAAGAAAAAAUUCAUUUACCCUACUCAACAGUUUUUCAGUGAUUAAAUAAUUUUAAGGGUUGUUUUAAACUUAAUUUAUUACCAAAGAUGUAAUCCACAUUCAGAUUUGAGCUUUUCAUGUGUGACCUCAUUUUUAAAUAGCUGUUGCAUGGUUCUAUUAUACUCAAAUCAAUAUUUUACUAUUGAAUGAAACACAAAAAUCCCUUUUUAAUAACAUAUUUAAUGAACAUUAGUAUUAGUCAGUACCAUGUUUUUUAGCGUUUGGACAUUAUCAUAUUAAAUAAAUAUUUUUAAACA